AUGUUACCUGUCGUCUUGAUUGUAGGCUUGAGUCUCUUGUUGCUGUUCGCAGUCCGUACCCUGCAACAGUAUUGGGCGUUGAGUGAGUUCAGAGGACCAUGGUCAGCAGGGUUCUCGAGGCUAUGGCUUCUGAGGGCCAAUGGCUCAGGGAAGAUGAAUCUUGCAUUUACAGAAGUAAACGACAAAUAUGGACAGNGGCCAACUGCUCGAGUGUCGCCCAACAUGCUCAUCACCACUGAUCCGGAACUAUAUAAACGUAUGCACGCGGUGCGUAGUCCUNUUGUCAGGAGCGAAUGGUACACAGCCUUGAGAUUGCACCCGACGAGGGACAACAUCACAUCCGUGAUUGACGAGGGAGUCCAUGCAGACCUUCGCAACCGCAUGUCGACUGGAUACUCUGGCAAAGAAAACCUCCAUAUGGAAGAUGAUGUCGACUAUCGCUUGUUACAACUCUUCGACCUCAUCGACUCGAAAUAUGUUUCGUCGGAGAGUGACUAUCGUCCAGUGGACAUCUCUCGCCUCUACUCCUUCUUUACUCUAGACGUCAUCUCAAGCAUUGCCUUUGGUCAAGAAUUCGGCUUUCUCGAAAUGGACGACGACCCCUUUGGCUACAUCGACAAUCUCCAAGAGUUUCUUCCUGCCAUCAUCCUCUUCGGCGCCUAUCCCGAGCUUCAAAAGAUUCUGCGAUUGCCUCUGCUCAAACACGUCAUGCCCAAAUCAACAGACAAGCGCGGUCUAGGUCGCGUAAUGGGUUUCGCCAAAGAGCGCGUAGACGAACGCUUUGGCGAAAAGCCGGUCGUGCGCCACGACAUGCUGGGCUCAUUCAUCAAACGCGGUCUCACUCAAGAACAACUCGAAUCUGAGACUCUAACACAGAUUACUGCUGGCAGCGAUAGUACGGCUUCAGCUAUACGCAUGACGUUGCAUUUCAUCUCUACUACACCACACGUUCAUUCGCGCCUUGUUGAAGAGUUUAAGAGUGCUCUGGCUGCGGGCAAAGUCUCCAGACCUGUUAUUCGCGAUGCUGAAGCUCGUGCGUUGCCGUAUCUGCAAGCUUGUAUCAAGGAAGGCCUGCGUAUGUAUCCGCCUGUCACUGGUUUGCUCGCCAAAGCCGUGCCUNCGGAAGGUGCCACCAUUGAUGGCAAGUUUGUCAAGGGUGGCACUCAGAUCGCUUGGAACUCGUGGGGUAUGCAACGCGACAAAGACAUCUACGGUGUGGAUCCAGAAAUCUUCAGGCCUGAGCGAUGGCUAUUACGCGAUGCUUCCGAGGCUGAGAGAAAGCGUGUGGAGAGGAUGACAGAGACAGUAGGUCUUGUGUUUGGAUAUGGACGUUUUGGGUGUCUUGGUAGAGGUGUUGCGAUCAUGGAGCUCAACAAGGGUGUCAUUGAGACUCUCGUUCGUUACGAACUCCAACCAGCCAGUCUCUCGAAACCAUUCAUCGAGCGUUGUGUAGGCUUUUUCCUGCACACCGACAUGAUGUUCCGCAUCACCCGCCGCCCGGAUGCUGAUUCUGCCGAAGCAAAUGGCGUUCAUGUCAGCUAUGGCGAUGUAGCUGCACUACCUGGUGCUCCCGAGUCUUGA